AUGUCUUGGCAAGCAUACGUCGACCAAAGCCUUGUUGGCACCGGCCACGUCGAUAAAGCCGCAAUCUUCAAUGGCGAGGGAACGUCCGUAUGGGCCAGCUCGCCGGGCUUCAGCGUGACGCCGCAAGAGAUGCAGGAGGUUGUAGGCGCAUACAGGGACACCUCGACACCCAAGAAGGUCCAGUCCACAGGUCUGCACAUUGCCGGGCAGAAAUACAUUGUCAUCAAAGCCGACGAGACAAGUCUGUAUGGAAAGAAGGGUCGGGAAGGCGUCGUCAUCGUCAAGACGAAACAGGCUCUUCUCAUCACACACUACCCAGAGACAGUACAGCCCGGCACCGCUGCGAACACGGUCGAGAAGCUGGGCGCCUACCUAGUCGGCGUGGGCUACUAA